CCUGGCUUGCGAUUGGCCUCGAUAUCGCGAACGGAAACGCGGUUGCGGGAGGCAUUGGAUGGUUUCCAAGCAUGGGUACAUUGAGGAGGGAAUAAUCAGUUUAUGAUAAGGAGCUGAAGCAUUGAGUGGAAAUGGCCUCCAGAGAAAUGAGUGAGGGAAAUGAUGCUCAGGAACAGUGUGUGGAGCUGUUGAAUCAGGCCUCACUGCUUCAAGAUGAGAGGCAGAAGGUGACCAAUCUGAAGAAGGUGCAGGAGCUGAUCAUCCACCAGGACCCAGCACUGUUAGACAACUUCCUUGAUGAAGUGGUAGCCUUCCAGUCCGAUCCAAGUGCUGAGGUGCGGCGCACUGUGCUCGGCUUCAUCGAAGAGGCAUGCAAAAAAGACAAUGAGAUGAUCCCUAAGGUGGUGGCCAACCUGGGCAUCCUGCUGCAGGACAGCUUCUCCAUGGCAGUGGUCAAGCGGACCAUGCAGGCCAUCUCCAACAUAUACAGGGUGACCCUACAGUGGCUCAGCUCGGCCCGGACCGUGACCGAGGUGAUGGACUCGGCCUGGAGCAUGCUCGGUCAGAUGAAGCGGCGGAUUAUCGGCUACGUCGACCACGACAACGACGGUGUGCGCACAAUGGCCGUCAAGUUCAUGGAGACGGUGAUCCUGCUGCAAACGUUCUCGGAGCCAGGCAGUCUGAAGCGACCCGAGUUCUGUCUGGACGGCGUGCCUAUAACGCUCAAGAUCGCGCGGCCGCGCAAGCUGGAAGAGGAGGCCCGGUCCGUGUUCGCGCAGCUGAUCAAGUUCCACGGCUCGCCGCACAUCAGCAGCGUCAACCUGAUGGCGUGCAUGGGCUCGCUGACGCUGAUCGCGCGCUGCCGGCCGUCGCUGCUGACCCAGGUCAUCUCGGCGCUGGAGUCGCUGCACGCGAACCUGCCUCCGACGCUCUCCAAGUCCCAGGUGAACUCAGUGAGGAAGCACAUGAAGAUGCAGCUGCUGAACCUGCUGAAGCACCCGGCGUCGUACGACAGUCACCGCAACAUCUGCACCCUGCUCACCGAUCUGGGGGCCUCCCAGAGCGAGGUGAUGCGUGCCAUGCCGCCGCCGGAGGAGCUGCGCAAGCGGCAGCGGCGGCCCGAGGAGCCGCCCGGCGACGCCGACGACGACACACCCGUCACCAAACGGCAGAAGUUCGUCGAGGACGACGACGAUGAGGACGAGGAGGAGGAGGAGGCGGGCGGCGCGCCGCCGCGGCCGGCGCCGCUCGACAAGAAGCAGCACAAGGCGAACGCCAUCGACAUCACCGAGGCGUGGGCGUUCGAGCGGCUGACUCCGGCGCUGGCCGCCAACCUCGUGCUCGUGUCCAUGCACAACCUGCCGGACACCCCGCCGGCGCUCUUCAGCAACACGUUCACGCCAAUCUCGGCCGCCGGCACGAGCUCCCAGAUCCAGCACGUGGCGCGCCUGCUGGCCGCCCAGCUGACGCACGCCGGCAUCGGGCCCGGCGUCGAGGCCACGCGCAAUCAGGGCAUCCAGAUGACGGACCACGACUGGGAGAUGGCGGAGGAGGAGGAGACGCCAUCGGGCGCGCGGCAGCCUAUCGCCACCGUGCUGGCCGGCACCGUGUCGGGCCGCGAGACCAAGAAAAAGGUGGCGCUGCUCCCCUCCGGACAGAUGAACAAGAAGCACAUGGCGAAGCCGCUCCGUCUUCCGGAGAUCACGCGGCCGCUACCGGCUGACGAGCUGGAGCGGAUGAUGACGGCUGCGCUGGACCGGCUGCUGGCGGCCGAGCGGACGGCGCGCGCUGGCGGGCUGGCCGCCGCCCGCUCCAAGCUGCUCGCCAUGAUGUCGUCCCACUUCACCGGCCACCUGCUGGAGAAGAUGCUGGGCCACGUGCUGGAGGAUAUCGGCGGUCGGUCAGACCUGGUGUUCAGCUGGCUGUACGAGGAGUACGCCAACGUCUCGGGCUUCAGCAACCUGGGCCAGGUGGUGCACAGCACGGCCAGCUACGAGCAGGUGUUCUGCAUGCUCAUCUCGGCUCUGAUGGUGCGGCCCGACUUCAAGGACGGCGAGACCCUGCUGACGCGGCUGUUCCUGGAGGCGCCGCUCGUCGCCGAGUCGGCCACCCACCGGCAGGGCAUCCAGCUGCUCAGUCAGCUGAUCUCGCGCCGGCCCAGCAAACAGCUGACCUACAUCAGCGCGCUGCUCCAGCUGGCCAGCCACAACGCCUCCGAGGUCCGUCCGCUGGCGCGCGCGCGCCCGGCAUCGUUCACACGCACAUGGGUGGCGGCGGCAGGCCCGGUUCUGCUGCUCCCUGAUUUUUCGUGUUUGGAAUUCGGGAUGAGAUUGAAAGCAAGGAAGAGGUGCGGGAGGCGGGCGCUGGCCACGGUGCUAGAGCUGCACGGGAUGAACGGUGCGCUGGCCGCCUGGUGGAGGAGCACGCAGUCGACCCGGCUCAAAUACCUGCGCUUGAGGACGCCGCCGGCCCUGCUGCUGGGCGACGACCAGAGCGCCGCGCCGGCCGGUGUCACGCUGGAGUGGACUGACGAGCUGGCCAAGCUGUGUCUGCACCUGUACCUGGCGCUGCUGCCGCGCCGCGAGAGCCUCAUACACGAGCUGGCGCACGUGUAUGUGCAGACGACGGCGGAUGUCAAGCGCACCAUCCUGCGGGUGCUGGAGGCGCCCAUCCGCGGCAUGGGCAUGGAGUCGCCGGAACUGCUGACGCUGGUGGAGACGUGCCCCAAGGGUGCCGAGACGCUCAUCACGCGCGUCAUCCACAUACUCACCGACAAAACGCCGCCGUCGGCCGAGCUGGUGGACCGGGUGCGUGACCUGUACCAGAAGCGGGUCUCGGACGUGCGCUUCCUCAUUCCGGUGCUGAACGGACUGCGCAAGCGGGAAGUGAUCGCCGCGCUGCCCAAGCUGAUCCGGCUCAACCCGGUGGUGGUGAAGGAGGUGUUUAACCGGCUGCUGGGCAUCCACUCGGACACGGCCAACUUCAGCUCGCCACUCACGCCCGUCGAGCUGCUGGUGGCGCUGCACAACAUCGACCCGACCAAGUGCGACAUGAAGACCAUCAUCAAAGCCACCUCGCUGUGCUUCGCCGAGAAGCAGGUGUACACGCAGGAGGUGCUGGCCGUGGUGCUGCAGCAGCUGAUGGAGCAGUCGCCGCUGCCGGUGCUGCUGAUGCGCACUGUCAUCCAGUCACUGGCGCUCUAUAACCGACUCAUCGGCCUCGUCAUGAACAUCCUGCAGCGGCUAACCAGCAAACAGGUGUGGACCCAGAAGAAGGUAUGGGAAGGCUUCAUCAAGUGUUGCCAGCGCACCAAGCCCAGCAGCUACCAGGUGCUGCUGCAGUUGCCGCCGGAGCCGCUGCGCGACGUGUUCGCCACGGCGCCCGAGCUGCGCAGCAACCUGCUCGACUACGUGGCCAGCUUCAGCGAGGCGCAGCGCGGCCACAUUCCGACGGACGUGAUGCGCGUGCUGAACGGAGACCGGCCGCGCGAGCUGGCCGACGAGCCGAUGUCACCGCCGGAGGUGGACUCGAUCGACCCGGUCAGCGUGCGUGAGGCGGUGCCGCCGCCGCCGCUCAACCCGCCACGCAGCGCGCCGCCGCACCCACGCGAACGCAACCGGCCGCGGUCGCGGCCCAAGCGCCCUGUUCCAGCAGCAGCCUGGGAUUCACAGUUCAGCUGA